ACGUAUGCGUGCUUAAAUAUUUUAUUAUAUUUUAGGCUCGGCAGUACAUGAUUUGUUAAUAGGAGUAGCAGCAACCUACGACGAAUAAUAAAGUCAAGAGUAAAUAAAUCAGUCUAUUUUUGGAAGAUACUUUGAGUUAACAUACCAACAGAGUUAGGAACAAUGUCGCGUAGCUCAGAUAUUCAGGGACAUUUGAGAAAUGUAGCAGCAGGAAGACAAACUAAUGAACGGCUUGAGUUUGACCCUACGACUGGUAAGCUAAGAGUUGCGAGGGGUAUAAAUCUAGAUAAUGUUGUUGCAACAAAAAUGGCUUGCAGUGGUUUUUUUGGAGGUGGCUUUUCUGUCCCAGUCCCAGGAUGUUUGUCACUUCACGACAGUUACCGUGAAACAAUUCAUCUGGAUGGAUUUCACAUUUUUGAUAAAUCUGACUUUUACAAGCCAAGAAAACCAGGCUCUAAAAGUGCAAACUAUGGUGGAUUGGUUUUGUAUGGAUGCCGUGGGCUUGAAGAAUGGGUAACAAAAAAUGGCACACAUUGCGAAAAAGGUUGUAUUGUUAUAUUAAACACGGACUCCAAAGAAGUAAAAAAGUAUCAAUACCCAGGACAAGAAGGCCAAGUUCAUGGUGCUAUUUAUGAAUGUGCUUUUGGAGAGAAGAUGGACAACACUGUCGUUGGUGAAGGUUUUUCUAUACAAAAUGAAAAAUUAAAAUUUAACUCUGUGGCUUUCAACUGUAAUAAACCAUACCGUGAUCGAAAAAAAGAAAUGAGCAAGAUCAGUCAAAAAUAUAUAAAAUUACUAAUUAAAAGUUGGAUGAAAGCAGGACCUUUGUCUCUAGGAAAGCUUAAAUUUGGUGUUUGGGAACUUGAUGAAAUGAUAGAAAAAAACAAUCAAGAAAAUCCAGUAAAAAGGAAUUUUGUUAAAGAUGUUUUUCAAGAAGACCAAGAAAACGCAGUUGAAAGGGAAUUUGAUGAAAUGACAAUUCAACAAGACAAGGAAACUCCAAUUGAAAGUACAAAGUUAGAAACCAUGUCGUCCGACAGAGAUAUUCAGUUGGAAUAUAACCAAGUAACUUCUGAAUUAAAGAGAUUUUCAUCUUCAGUAGAAGACACAGAUUGGGAAGAUACAACUGAUAGUUCUGAAGAAAGAAAUUCUACAACAAAAGAAGAUGAUAUAAGCUACGAAGAAUCGAUUAACCGUUCUAAGGAAAGAAGUUCUGCAACUUCAGAAGAAGAGAUGGACUCGAAAAAGGCCACAGAUUGUCCCAAUGCACUAAAGACAAGGAAAUGGACUCUGGUUUAAGCAGUGGCUACCCAAAACUCAGACUACUACAUAAAAUAUUCAAUUAGAAAAAUUGACCACAAGAACACGUAGGGAUGUAAAACAGCUCUGGUUUAACGUUUAGUGAAAUCAUCAAAAUAGAAAGCUUGAUAUGUUAUAAACCACGUAAAAAGAAUUCUUAUGUUAUCAAGAACAAUA